AUCCUGCCUGAGUUGCAAUUUCGCAUACUACGUUCCGUCUGUUUGGUUGAUGGUUUACUUUAACCUAAAACUCUUUUCAGUUUGAAGAUUGAUUGUGUCUUCCCGCAACUUAUUUGUUACUCCUAGCCAGUAUCUAAAUUAAUUUGGGAUCUAUUUAUUUGUGAAAUUAAACCAUCAAUAUGGCGGUUUAUAACGACGAGAAACUGCGAGCCAUGGAAGACGAAAUGAACAGAUUCGAGGAAGAAAUUGGGCUGCCCAUCAUGCCUCCACCACCCCCUCCACACCUUCCUGCUGUCAUUGGUGCAAACACCUACCACACUGUUCAGAGACGGCUGGAGGAGCAGCAGUAUGUACCAGGGGGGAUGGGUGGCUACCCGACUGUACCAGGAAUUCCACCACCUCCACCUCCACCUAUGCUUGUUCCACAUCAAGUUCGCCUGCGCGCACCCCCAAUCCGCCAUCCCAUGCGGCCCAUGGGAGCAGAGCAGCCCCAGCAAGGAUAUCAGCCUCCAACUCCUUACAUCAACCACAUGGGUCCUGGAAUGAUGCCUGUUCAGCCCAUCCCAUCAAUGCAGCCUGUGCCCUCAGUAGUCAGUGCUACACCAAUGAUGUAUGCACCUCAAGUAAAUGAACCGCAAAUACCCAUAAAUAUGAUGGACCAACGAGCAUACAGUGUGCCUGAAGUAUCCAAUUUGGCACCUGCUGCCAUAGUUCAAGAGAGCAUUAUUCCCUCAACAUCAGUGGAUACAACCCGUAUCAAACCAAAAAUACCUAGGGAAAUUCCAAUAUUACCUCCACCCCCAAUUCCUAUGAUGGAGGAAGCAGCUCCUUCCAAGAAAAAGAAGAAUAAGAAAAUUGUCCGUCAAGCAGGUGGCCAGUCAUGGGAAGAUCCCUCCUUAAUGGAAUGGGAAGAAGAUGACUUCCGAUUAUUUUGUGGAGAUUUAGGCAACGACGUUACUGACGAGAUUUUAAUAAGGACUUUCAGCAAGUAUCCAUCGUUCCUUAAAGCUAAGGUGGUUCGUGACAAACGAACCAAUAAAACAAAAGGUUUUGGAUUUGUGAGUUUUAAAGAUCCUCAAGACUUCACCAGAGCAAUGAAAGAAAUGAAUGGGAGGUAUGUAGGAAGUCGACCCAUAAAGUUGAGGAAGAGCUCUUGGAGAAACAGAUCCGCUGAUGUUGUAAGGAAGAAGGAAAAGGAAAAGGCAGCACUUAUUGGUCUUCUGACAGGAAAGUAAAAUCUUAUCUUAUGUGAAUGUGUAUGAAUGUUAAAGGCAUCACACUGAGUAGUGUGUGCAGAGUCUGUGACUAUGAUAAAUUUAAAAGCUUUGUUUUCAAUA